AAUUAUAAGCAAGUGGUUGGAUAUAUUUCCCCAUGUGUGGUCUUUCCACUCAGUUUCCUUCUUCAACUUGGAUUCAUUCAUUGAAAAAAGUGAUACCUUAUUGGCUUUUAUUCCUCUUUCUCUCUUUCUCUAUCUAUAUAUAUACACAUGCUUUGUGUUAGUCUCAAUUGGUUCACUCUUUAAUUUUUCUAAGGGUUUUUUCUUCAUCUUGGUUAUUAAGUGCUUAUUAUUUGGGAAAGUUCUUCUACUUUGUUUGAAUUCGAUAGAUUUGACAACUAUGGAUUGUUCUUCUUGGAUUAACACUUCCUUGGAUCUCAACAUUAAUCCUCAUCAUCAUAGAGUUCAUCACGAGGAAGUUCCUAAGAAACAGGUUGAAAGCAAUGUUUUCUCAUUGGGGUUGUCCAUGGUUCCUUUGAAAGAAGAGUCCAAUACCGAUUACUUAGAAGAGGAACUGAAGCGUGUGACUGCCGAAAACAAGAAAUUGGCUGAAAUGCUCUCUGUGGUUUGUGAGAAUUACAACACUUUGAGGAACCACUUGAUGGAAUACAUGAAGAAAAAUCCUGAGAAGGAGCUUAGCCCUUCAUCAAAGAAGAGGAAAUCUGAGAGCAGCAACAACAAUUGUGAUCCGAUGGCAUUGGCGUCGAACAAUGGGAACUCCGAGAGCAGCUCGACCGACGAAGAAUCAUGCAAGAAGCCAAGGGAAGAAACCAUCAAGGCUAAGACCUCAAGAGUUUAUGUUAGGACGGAAGCAUCCGAUACAAGCCUUAUUGUGAAAGAUGGAUACCAAUGGAGGAAAUAUGGACAAAAAGUAACAAGAGAUAACCCUUCUCCAAGAGCAUAUUUCAAGUGCUCUUUUGCUCCAAGCUGUCCUGUAAAGAAGAAGGUGCAAAGAAGUGUUGAAGAUCAAUCUGUGCUGGUUGCGACUUACGAGGGUGAGCACAACCACCCCCUCCCUUCUCAGAUGGAGGCAACAUCCGGCUCGAACCGUUGUAUGACCAUAGGUUCGGUGCCUUGUUCGGCAUCAAUUAGCUCUUCUGCACCAACAGUUACUCUUGACUUGACAAAAUCCAAGCCCAACAACAACAAUGAUUCCAAGAUUACAACAAAACCAAAGGUUGAUUCACCUGAACAAGUACCUAAUGUUUUGGUGGAACAGAUGGCUAGUUCAUUGACCAAAGAUCCAAAUUUCAGAGCAGCACUUGUUGCUGCCCUUUCAGGAAGAUUGAUGCACAAUAAUUGAAUUGAGAAUUUGGUGAAAGUGUAGCUAUUUAGCAUAGUGCCAACAAUUUAGACAUUUUCCAUAAAUGGUUCAUUUUUAGAAAAUAGGAUCUUAUUAUAUAUGUAAAUACAAACAUUAGAAAAAUUGAGACAUAUUUCUCAGUUUGAUCCUAUAAGUGGAAAUUAAGAUCCACUGAGGAUGUGGAUUCUGCAUCAUGGAAAAGAUCUAGGUUACUUCAAAUUUGAUUUUCCAAAUUGAGUUAUUUCCAAAGAAUUUCCUUUCAUACAGUUUGUAGUUCUGAUGGCUUUAUAAUUUCUCCUUUCAAUUAUAUAUAGAUGAUUUAAUAGGAGUGAUGUAAAGCUAGGACAUUUUCCAAGCUGUUCAAUACAAAGAUUCAGGCUCCUUGUUUGAGA